AUGGUCCGGUCCUGGAGCCGUGGCUGCCUUUAUGGCUGGGUUGCGGCGCGUACUCCAGCAGAAAGAAUCCGUGGUUGUAUCCCUUCAGUAGGGAUUACGAGGUUUGACACGGGUGUGAAGAGCGGAAGAGAUUGGUAUAAAUCUUCUUGUGGUCGAUUCCUUCUGCCGGGAAGGCGAGUCCCGUCUUCGUUUAGUAAUGUUGUCAGUGGAGCAAGAUUUCCUUGCAAAGCUGUUCUGCAAUGGUAUUGGCAACCAGUCGCUCGAGAUGUGAUGCAGUUGGAUCCAGCCUCAGUGCUCUUCUCCUUUGUAGCAAUCCUUGGUGGCUUUCGAAAUUCGUUCCAAGUUCCUUGUGCGAAGCAUUGA